AUGUUUGACACAUGGAGGGAUGUGUCCCCCGUUGGCUUUUUCUACAAGUGGGCGUGGGUCCCCGCCGCCUGCAAAUACAUCAUUGCAACUAUCGACGACUACGAAGGAUGUUUACGUAACCGACGCCUUCUCAUAUACGGAGACUCCACAACACGACAGUGGUUUGUUCAUAUCCGGAAACUGCUCCAACUCGAAAUGGCGACUCAGAUGUUUGAGGACGGUCAGCCUUGGCACAAACCCUGCCGAGCUGUCAACUACCUCCACAACUAUUCAGUGUUCUGGGGACCUCACGAACUCCCUUUCUACGGAGGACCCAACAGGGGCUUCAACAGACCUACGUUUGUUUACCUAGAUGAAAUACCCAACCAUUCAAGAGAUAUUGUUGUAAUACACUACUACCUUCAUUUUGUGUCGUUCCAUCCAAGCGUGUUCACACGUCACAUCCGGCGUCUCUACCAAUCAGUGGAGUCCCUUGUGUCACGUGCCCCAAACGUCACCGUGGCAAUAAAGGGCCCCCAUACAUUGCAGGAUCUGCCAGGUCGAUUGGAAGACUACUGGGGCCCUGUCUAUGACAAUAUUAUACGUGAUACGUUUAGACCAAUCAUGGACAAAGUGUUGUAUUUGGAUUUUUGGGAUAUGACUUUAGCCGCUGAGAACCAGAGUCUUCAUCCAAAUGAUACGAUCGUCUCCAGUAUGGUGCAUUAUAUGUUAAACAUGGCUUGCAGGAAAAUACAUUUAUGA